UGUAUGUAAUAUCACUCUUAGAAAGUUUAAAAUGCUCCAAGUAUUGAAGUAUCUGAAGAUGAAAAACUUCACAAUAAAUAUUAUUAUCUCAAUUAUUCUAAUAAACAUCACUGCUCAGGAGGAAGACCUGGAGAGGGAACGGGUUGGGAAGUUUUUGAAUCUUUUCUCCGUUGUCAGAUUUACUAAUGCUCCUUGUCUUGGAAAUACUGGAAGAAAUGGAACUUGCUAUACGGAGAAACAGUGCAGGGAUAAGGAUGGAGUAGUAUCUGGAGGUUGUGGAGGAGGGUUUGGAGUAUGUUGUGUAUUUGUUAUUGGCUGUGGAGGAACCUCUAACGAGAAUACAACUUAUAUGACAACAGAUGUUUCAUCGUCUGAAUGCAGUUACACCAUUUGCAAAGUGAAUCCAACUGUUUCAACUAUUAGGCUUGAUUUCUCUACUUUCGAGAUAGCUCCUCCAUUCAGCUGUGGAGGAUCCACCGAACCUGUUGUUUGUACUGCAGCUGAUGGACCUAGAGUAGGAGAUUGUAUUUCAGAUACAUUUACAGUCACCACUCCAGGUAGUCCAGCUCCUCCGACAAUCUGUGGUUACAACACCGGUCAACACAUGUAUAUUGAUGGUAACGAUCUCUGCAACAAGUUGACCUUCUUCUUCGACCUAGCUGUACCUGCCAGCAGACAAUGGGAGAUUAAGGUGACUCAGUACGAUAGUAGUGAUGACAGUAGAUAUCUUCCACCUCCAGAUUGCUUACAGUGGCAUACUGGAACCCUGGGAGAAAUCAAGAACUUUAAUUUCAAGGAUGUGAAUUCUGUUCAUCUUUCAAGCCAACGGUAUUCAAUUUGCUGGAGAAGAGAAAGGAACAAAUGUGGAAUGUGUUAUUCUGUUGGAUACUUUGGGAUGAGUAAUAUUCCUAGUCAGGUUCCCUCUCCUUCAACCAACUCAUGGACAACCAAGGCUGGGUUUACAGACAGUAUUUGCUGUGAUGAAGAUACACCCCACUCAAACUGCAGAACUUCAGGUGCUAAUGACUAUAUUGAAAUUGACAACGCUUCUGACCGUCCAGUAUCAAGCCCUUUCCAGGUCGGAGAGGGGAACAGGUUCUGUGGGAGAUGGUUUGGGAUUAGCCCGACAGGUUUAGCUCCAGGCUACACAUACAGUGCAGGGAAUGCAGCCAGAACAAUUUGUACUUCAACCCUACCCUUUAGACUUAGAGUCAGGUUCAGUGAUGGUGAACUACUAGGAUCUACUGGAUGUUCUACUACCCGAGCUGGUGCAGGUUCAGCAGAUACUUCAGAUGAAUGCGCCACCUUCAGGACUUAUGGAAACAGGCGAGGAACUCUAGGGUUUAUGCUAAAAUGGUGGCAGACAAACUGUUUGUAAUAUUUUUUUUAUGAUUAAAUGAAAUGUCAGAAAUACAUAGAUACUUGUGUCCUCAACCGUCUGCAAAGGAAUUUAAUACAAACUAUAAUUUUCUCAUCUUUAUAUCUUUGCAACCUUACGAUUGAAAUCUUUGAUAUUUAAACUAUGACUAAGAAUAAGAUUUUUUUUAAAAACCGAAAAUAAUUAUUAAUUGAAGCUAUUGCAUCAACUACUGUCUUUUGCCACAAAUCAUUUAUUAUUUAUUGAGUCUCUCUCUUCAGCUGCUUACUUGAAAAUCAUGAAGAAUAAACAUUUAAAGAGUUUAAAUUUAUUUAUUGAAACAGCAAAAUUUUAAAAAUUUGGUGGUGAAGGUGGGGGGGGGGGGGGGGGAGGGGGUAGUGGAUGUAGAUUAUUUUUUCUACCGUGAAUUUGUGACAUAUUUCAUGUUUACUAAAUUCUUAGUUACAUUUCGUAAAUUACAAUUAUUUCUAAAAUAUUUUUCAAUCCGAGCA